UAGCGCCUGCGCAAGAGGCUGUACGUAGAAGCGCAUGCGUGAUAAUUAUAGUUGAAAGAUGGCGAUCGUGUAUUGAGGUGAUGCGUCACUGUCCUUUCCCAGCCCUUGAUUUCAUUGCAAAAAAGCCAAUCAGCGACAGCUAGGAAAUUCCCCUAGCGGGUGGAACCGGUCGAUGGACUAAUUCAUACAUUAAGUCGGCCAAACGAUGGAGAACCUGGCCGAGCUGGAUGGCAACGAGUCGACGGGACCAGUCGAAUCUGAGCCUGUACUGUUGGUUUCAGACGAAGUAGUUAGCUCGAACAUGCUGGAGGCACCCGACUUACGAGCCUUUAGCGGCUCCUCUUAUCUGAGUGGGCGAAUGUCCCCAAGUUACUCGGUUGGAAGUAGCUACGCUACGUUGACCCCACUCCAGCCUUUACCUCCGAUCUCUACGAUGUCCGACAAGUUUAAUCAUUACGGUCAAGUGGGCAGUAAUUUCAAUUUAAUGCAAGGAAUCACCAUGAACAGUUAUCAGUACGACAAGUUAGGUGGUAUAACUGUGAUGAAUAUCAGCCCCACACUGGGGGCAGCGCACCCCUCACCCGUUUCCAUGAUGAACACUAACGGGUUUGGCCCCCUGGCAACUCACGUGGGUAUCCCCUCCCCCACUUACCACCAGAAUGGCCGCGAAUCCCCCGAGAAAGGAAUGUCCAAUAAUGGAUACGAUACCUAUAGCCUGCGAGAACAGACUCGUAACCUGGAAUCCCCUGAAAGUCCCCCUGUCAGUAUGCAUUCUCCCACAAGUCUGAUGCCUACUUUGAAUGGAUUAAAUGCUCCGGAGACACCCCCAUCAGUGCACUUGACCGCUCCAGUGACCCCACCUGAACAGGAAGACAUUAAACCAGUCACUAUAACAACACUUUCUACUUCAUCUAGUGGGGGUUCACAACCCCUCGUAGCCAUCGCUACUGUAAACCUGAUCAACGGUAAGGAAAAUGUGGCGACGUCGAUUCCCAACCAAACCUCGGAAGUUCCCGCAGCCUCUACGGAGGACGUGGAAGAGAUCAACACCAAAGACGUCGCUUACAGAAUAAGUGCUGAACUCAAACGUUACAGUAUCCCCCAGGCCAUCUUCGCUCAACGCGUACUGUGUCGGUCACAAGGAACACUCUCUGACCUGCUGCGUAACCCGAAGCCUUGGAGUAAGCUGAAGUCCGGCAGAGAGACUUUCCGGAGGAUGUAUAAGUGGUUGGAAGAACCCGAAUUCCAGAGAAUGUCGGUACUCAGACUUGCAG